AUGUCAUAUCGGUCUUCUUCAUUUUUAUUUUUACCAUCAUCAAGAAAUCGCCAGUUACUAUCACAAGUUAAAUUAAAAUCUAAACCUGAAUUGGCUGAUGAACAACAACGUCAAAAGAAUAGAAAAAUGACCCAAAAACAGCGUAAAAAACAGAGGAAACAUGAAUUAGUGUUAAAAAAUCUUGAUUAUCGGUUUUCGUUUCAUAAUACUAAAGAACUCUUAGGCACUGCAAAUGUCCCUUACACUAAUCUAAAUACGGCACAUCGUAAUAAAGAUCGACAUCUUUUAUGGUAUUUGACGACGGUACUCAACGACAGAAGUAUUCUAAAUGAUUAA